GGCUGAUGUUGGGAAUGAUGCUGGCCACCUGGUUCCUGUCCAUGUGGAUCUCCAACACCGCCACCACAGCCAUGAUGAUCCCCAUAGCGGAGGCCGUGCUGGUCCAGUUGAAGGGCACCAGCAAGGCCAGUCAGCAAAAGGUCAAUGGAGGUCAGCUCAUUUGCUGUUAACCCACGGUCAAAUUAACGAAUUAAUUUAUAGUCAUUUAUAAAUGCCAUAGAUCAGUGGCUGUCAGCCUUCCUAAUGCCGCGACCCUUUAAACAUAGUUCCUCAUGUUGUGGUGAGCCCCCAACCAUAAAAUCAAUAUCUUUGCUACUUCGUAAGUAUGUGUUUUCUGAUUGUCUUAGGCGACCCCUGUGUAAGGGUCAAUCGACCCCCAAAGGGGUCGCGACCCACAGGUUGACAACCGCUGCCACAGACAUUUCACGGGAUCAUUAGGGGGGGGGAUCCCAAAUAGGACAAAAUUACUCAAAAAUGACAUUGGGCGCUGCACCAUAAUAAAUGAUAGUGUGCACACAAAUUGGAGAAGGAAAAACAAGUGGUGGGAUAAUAAAAGAAUGGACACAAUUAAUUGAAAUAUAGUUUUUUUUAACAGAAAGGACACCAGCCAUAAAAAAAAAAUAUGUGUGUCUUAUUUUUUUAAGACUUUGAUUACCUUUGUAUAAUUUGCCCUCCCCCACCCCCACCCCCACCCCAAAUGAACUUGUUCUGAAUUUUUUUCUUUGGAUGCAUCUGUGCAUAAGAAAUGACCAUCUUCAAAUUACAUAUAGAUCCAACUGUGUGUCCUCACAAACCAUGUCGAAGUACUCAAAUGGAGUGAACAUCUCACUGGUUUGAAGUGGGGGAUGAAUUAUUUUUAUUGGAUUCUGCCUAACUGAGAAUAGCUCUUGCCAUUGGGACAUUAAGGGAAGCGAAAUGAUAAUUGAUUUUAUUUUAAUUAGAUCAAAAUAUAUUUUAUAAUUGUAUUUAUGGAUUAUUUUAUUUUUAUUUGUAACGAAUUAUUUAUGUUUUUCUUCUUGAAUUUUAUGGCCUGAGGAGUGGGGGAAGAUUGUUUGGCGGGUUGAAUGGGGGUGGGGGGCAUGACGCAUGGUUGACUUUGGGGUUGACAGGGGGUGGUGGGGUGGCAUGACGCAUGGUUGGACAUUGGGGUUGACAGGGGGUGGUGGGGUGGCAUGACGCAUGGUUGACAUUGGGGUUGACAGGGGGUGGUGGGGUGGCAUGACGCAUGGUUGGACAUUGGGGUUGACAGGGGGUGGUGGGGUGGCAUGACGCAUGGUUGGACAUUGUCGUAAAAACAAUAACAACUCUUUUUUUUUUUUUGUAAACUCCCUCAAGAUCUGGGAAACUACGAGUUGAAGAUCGUAUCUGGGUCAAACGGAACCAUAACUGAGAAGGCAGAUCCGGAAACAGGAAGGUAACUUAUUAAAUCAGAAGGAGGUCGUGGUUGUUUUCAAAUCUUUCAGUGACUCAAUGACUAGGGUUGCACCUGGAAAGGGGGGGGGGGUAGGGGCGAAUUGGCCGAUUAAUCGCCGCAACCCUGUCAAUGAACUGUCAGUGAACUGUCAAUGAACCAUCAGUGAACACGUGUGUUCCCAGGACACUUUGUUUUUACUCGGGCCAAUAAAGACAGACCAUGAAACACAUAAGUUAGACAUUGUCAUUCUCUAAAAUACUACAUCUAAUUAAUUUUUUCUUCGUAUGUCUUAGAAAUUAUAUGUUUACCUUAAUAAGAGAAGUUCUUCUUCUUCUUCUAUAUAUUAAGGGCCCACGAUCAAUUUAUUGAUCAUCUUGGCUCCUAUGCAUGUAGAGGGGAUUUGCAAUGUGUCUGUGCCUGGUGCCGGUGAGGAUAGUUCAAUGAUUACAACUCUACCUGAAUGCGACUUAAACAAAAGAUCAUUUGAAUACUUUCAUUUUUUAAAUAAAUAUAUUUUUAUUUUUGUUUUAAUAUCAAAAAUUGCCGUUGACCACUUGCUUUCCUCUCCGUUUUGAAACCACGAAAUCAAAAGAUAUACAACCACGACUAGCACUAACAAGCCAACCAAAAGAUAACCUGUUGUCGGAUAUUUUCAUUUUUUUUAAAUUCACUUUUUUUUUCUUUUUGGAAAAGGGGGGGGGGUAAAAAUUGUGUAUAUGGUUAAUUUUUAACGUCAUGUCUCACUGAUGUCCAGCUCAUCUCAGAUGGUCAAGCCACCCUCGGUUCCAGCUGACCAAGAGAACGAGGACGGUGGGGACGAGGACGACCCGGCGUGGGUCAACAUGGGGAAGGCGCUGUCGCUGUGCAUUUGUUACGCGUCGAGUGCUGGCGGGAUCGCGUGCUUGACGGGUACAGGG